UCUUGAUUCUUUUUUGGUUACAUAUGUUCCUGACUUUUCUUCUUUAGGUAUUUCUGUGAGAUUUUGAAUGACUUUCCGAAUCAUUUCCAUUAUUUCUUAACGUAGAAAUGGCUUUGGUCUCUUUCCCCACCCCCCAAUACAGCAGUAGGCUAAUCUCUUCUUCCCUUCCAUAUAGCUCUCUAGCAACAAGCAAUACUGGAAAAUCACAAGAGAAGGGUUAUGUUCUUUGUAAUUUUCAGUCUCCAACUUCGUACCAACCUUUGGUUUAUAGCAGCAUCUCUUCCAGGAACAGGCGUUUAGCAGCAGUACUAGUGCCAUUUGAUGCUAAAAGUAAAAACGCAGGAUCAGGAGAGGAAGACCAUAGAGCUAUGGAGACAGUCCUCAAGCUUUACGAUGCAAUCAAGAACAAAAACAUCCUUGAAUUAUCUGAUGUUAUUGGAGAUGAAUGCAGAUGCGUCUGCAAUUUUUUCUCAUUUUUCCAACAAUUUCAAGGGAAAAUGCAAGUGGUGUAUUUUUUCUCCAAUCUGAUUAAAAGCUUGGGAAAUCAUGUUGAACUUGUUGUGAAACCAACAUUCCAUGAUGGACUGAGUGUUGGUGUCUCAUGGAGAUUAGAAUGGAACAAAGUACACGUGCCUCUAGGGAAGGGUUUCAGCUUCCAUAUAUUGCAAGUGUACCAGGGGAAGGUGUACAUAAGAAACGUAGAGAUGUUCAUGGAGCCGCUGCUUCAUAUUGAACCUUUUAGACUGAAAUUGAUGGCAUAUGUCAUGAAUAUGAUGGACAAGAUGGAUACUUCCAAGGGGUCCAAGAGCAAAGCCGAAAGAGUUGUAUAUGUUUUACUCACUCUGUUCCUCAUUGGUGUCUCUCUGUUCUUAUUUAAAUUCACUUGGCAUUCAUCUUAAGGUAUGGACCAUAGUGAUGUGAUUUUU